AUGGACCGACAAUCAUCGGAAUCUGUGGGGAGUGCCUCACCGGCGCUCACGCCGCAAAUCAGUAGACCACUCGCUCGCAGUCGUCUUAGCGCCACACCGCUCACCGAAACUCCACCGACGAGCACGAGUGCUGGCAGAGACGGCACACCGGGAUCAGACAAAAUCUUGUCCGGUCGUGUCAAAAAGACACCGCGCAAAGUUUCUAAGAGAAAAGAAGAUGUCUUGAGCGAAAAGGAAAAGGACGAGGAGAGGCGGCAGCUGGACGAGAUGGACGAGGAAAGGAAACUAUUCCCGGGCAGCGACGACUGGACAGACGAAGAGAACAGACUCUUCCAAAUUCUGUACAUGAGGCAGUACAGUCCUCUACUACCAUCGCAUUGGGAUAUGGACUUUCGAGGGAUCCCCAUCCCGGAUGUUCUCUUCGCAAGCUCUGAUGCCCACCCGCCCGUCAUCAACUCGAGAAGUGGAAAUGACUUCAAGGCACUCGCUCGGCUCAUUGAGCUGACGGCGCAUGUGCGAGCCUUGUGCCAGACACGCCAAAGACACAGAGCACGCGCCCACAUUGAGAAGGAACUCCACGAAUAUGCGAAAUGGGCUGAACAAGACGGGGGAUACAACAGUCUCGAGUAUCUGCCGAACCUCAUCAUUGACAUGGUGGACACGAAAGCGUCGCCUCAAGCUAUUGAGGAGCACAUGCAGUUACGUCUCAAGGCGGCUGCUGCUACCCAUCGCGCUCAUUGGAGGAAUGGUCUAGCGAAUCCUGACUAUCGCGAAGACGAGGAUGCAGAUGCCGAAAUCGAGGACAAUAGAGUUGUUCUUGUGCCCGACAAGUAUCAGACGCCGUCGCCAAAGAAACCUCGCACAUUGCGCCGCUCGACAUCUCCUAGCAACGGAACCAAACACGACGAUAACCAGAAGGACAAGAUACCGGGCUGGAACCUCUCCAGUCCGGCAAGUCAGUCUCCGCAUGGGCAGGAAGAACAGUACACCCGCCGGCCGCCCGUGAUAUAUGGACUUUUCAUCGUCAACACAUCCGUCAUGGUACUUACCAUUGACUCCGCCAAAGAAGGAGACGAGGCCUAUGUCAGUUACCAGGUCGAGGUUGGUCUCAGCAAAAACUACCAGGCAGUUUGGAAUGCCAUUACCAUUGCCAUUGUGGUAUGCCUUGCGAGAGACGCAAUGAUGGAAAUGAAGGUUGACUUCAACACUUCACUCAACGACGGGGACAGCGACCCCGACGCUUGA